AUGGGCUUUGGGGAUCCAAAGUCCAUGUCCUGGACCAUCAGUGAACAUGACGCACUCCCGCUCCUCAAAGCCGCCUACGACUUAGGCAUCAAUACUUGGGAUACGGCCAAUGUCUACUCGAACGGAGCAUCGGAGGCUAUUGUCGGCAAAGCCCUCAAAAAGUACGACAUUCCUCGUGAGAAGGUUGUCAUCAUGACAAAAUGCUUCUGGGGUGUUGCAGAAGAACCUGAAACUCUGCACUGGCUUCAAAGAGACCUAUUUGAGGCAUCCAAAGACUACCAAAACCAAUAUGGUUUGUCUCGCACAGCGAUCUUCAAUCAAGUUGAGGCCUCCCUUAAGCGACUGGACACGACAUAUAUCGACCUCUUGCAGAUUCACCGCUUCGACUCAACAACUCCAUUGGAAGAAACUAUGAAAGCGCUUCACGAUCUUGUUCAAUCGGGCAAAGUUCGCUACAUCGGUGCGAGCAGUAUGUGGGCAACGCAAUUUGCUCGUAUGCAGUUCUGCGCUGAAAAAAACGGCUGGACAAAGUUUAUCAGCAUGCAGAGCCAAUACAACCUACUUUACCGUGAAGACGAGCGAGAAUUGAACCGGUUUUGCAAUGACACCGGUGUUGGUUUGGUACCCUGGGCACCUCUUAGCCGUGGUCAUUUGGCGAGAGCGCCAUCCGAAUUUGGGUCAACGCCCAGAAGCAAGCAGGAGAAGCAAAGUGACUCUGGGGUGGGAGAGACAGAUUUGGUGAUCAUUAAGCGGGUCAUCGGGGUCGCUGGAAAGCGUGGUUGGCCAAUGUCGCACGUCGCGCUUGCGUGGAUUAAUAAGCGCAUCUCAAGCCCCAUUAUCGGCUUUAGUAGCAUCGAAAGGCUGGAGCAAGCAAUUGCGGUGCGGGGCAAGUCCUUGACUGACGAGGAGGAGUACUAUCUCGAGGAACCGUACAAGCCAAAAGACGUCAUCAUUCCAGAGAGCCUUUAA